AUGAGCCAGACGGAAAAAAACUUUGCAGCAGAAUUGCUGGAGAAAUACUUUGGGACUGCGUACCUCUUCGACCAGGCCAAUGGCUUUUUCCGCGAGAAGGUGUCACCCAAAAAUACUGCUGGUCUUACAACACCACCGAAUAUAAAAUGCGUCAGUUUUUUGCGUUUUGUGAACUGUACUGUUGAUGAGAAAAAUAUUUCUUCCCUGCGAGAGGCGGCGGCGUCAAGCACCCUUGUGGAAUCCCUGAAAGGAGAAGACGGCGAGUGGUAUCUGCGUCGGCGUUGUUUUCUGGAUCCCAAGGACGAUCCUGCAAUUCGAAGUGUUGUGGUGUGGCCCUUGCACCGCGCCUCGAAGCCCGGGGAGGUGAAAGAAUUUUUCAGCCAGUAUGGAACUGUUGAGUUUGCCAGAGUCAUGUUACAGCCCCACGGCGAAACACAGUUACACGCCACCUUCGUGGUGUGUUUCGCCACGGUGGCGGAGGCCACGGCGUGCGCCAAGGCGAAUGUUUCCUUUGGCGAGGCGCCCUCAGCCUUAGCACAACACUUUUUGCCAUCUCGCCUGAAUGUGAUGCCAGCGGAGGAUUACCGCGCCAAAACUGAAAAGGAUAUUCGGGCGCGGGAGGGGACGCAAUUGAAGCAAAACGUUGUGAGGGCGCAGAAGGCAUUGGCGGAGCUUAAAGGUCAGGAAAUUAAACGUUUCCUGCGCAAAGGUGUGACGCUAACGGUAGAGGGUGUUGCACCUGGAACGACGUGGCAGACAAUGAAGAUGAAGCUUGGAAACCUGAGCCUCACGAACCCCGUGUUGCGGAGAGGCAUUACCCUCCUGAAGGUGGAGGGACCGGACGCCAGCGCACCGUCGCGGCCCUGGCGAGCCUUUGUUAUUUGCCGUGACGAAAACAUUGCGAGUGAAAUGCUGAAGGCUUUUAGCUUUGCGGAUGGAGAAUUUGGGAAGCAGCUGCGGGAGGUCUGCCCGUCACUGAGGCCGCUGACAGAUGAGGAAGAGAAUUACGCGCGACGGCACUUUCCGGAAUGGUGUGAGCCGCUCGUGGUAGCAAAAAGGGCUGUUAACAGCAAGCGUCAGCGCUCGCCCUGA